UGCACUUCAGAGUCUGGUAGUUUCAGCAACCUGUUCGAAGCAGGAACCGCUGUGAACGCACCUGCAGAUGCCUUUGGUCAGUCUCCAGCUCACUUGGCUGCUUGUGGUGGUGAAGCUUUUUUACUACUUUGGCAGCUGCAGACAGGAGCAAAUUUGAACCAACAGGAUUGCCUUGGAGAAGCCCCGAUACAUAAAGCAGCAAAAGUUGGGAGUUUGGAAUGUCUUGCUCUCCUUGUUGCUGGUGAUGCCAAAAUUGACUUGUGCAACAACAGUGGACAAACAGCAGCAGACCUCGCGCUGGCUUACGGUUUUCUGGAAUGUGCCAAGUUCCUCACAACAAUUCAGCACACUCAGACAAUGAAACUGAGAGGCCAGUCCGGAUCCUCACUGAGUGACAGACGCAGCUUGCCCAGAGAGGAUCCAGCUGCACAGAAACCAGAAAGUGAAACUAGCAGAUCCAUAAGCAGGAAGAGGAGACGAGCAGAUGGUGUGUAA